AUGGCUUCAUCCACCCAAAAUGAGGCAAAUACCGACGGAGAUUCUUCUCAAUCAAAGAAUGAAGAACCUUUCAUUGCGUUGGGAAUCGAUUUUGGCACGACUUAUUCAGGUGUAGCAUGGGCCAUCUCAACUCGACCAGCCAAUAUCAACAUGAUCACUAGCUGGGAUUCAGCCAAGUACCAUUGCUCCGAUAAAGAGAAGACCCCAAGCAUCAUGUCAUACGAACAGAACGGCAAAGUUCUCUGGGGCUACUCUGUCUCUGACAAAAAAUCUUCUAUUGAGUGGUCCAAACUCUGCCUUUUGGACGAAGAUGAUAUUCCCAACGAUGUCAGUCACUCAACACAGCUUCAAGCUGCUCAAGCUGCUUUGAAGCAGCAAAGAAAGAGCGUCGUAGAUGUCAUCAGCGACUACUUGCGACAUCUGUGGAAACACAGUAUCAUCAACAUUAGGCGAGCCAUAGGUGGACAGCUGGUAGACCUCUGCAGGUUCAAGGUUGUUGCCACAAUUCCUGCAAUAUGGCCCAUAUAUGCUCAGAUGCGAAUGCAUGAAGCCAUAGAAAAGGCUGGGAUUCUGAGCACUCGAAAAGCUGGUCAAACAAUCUUAGAAUUCCUUCCAGAACCUGAAGCUGCGGCAUUGGCUACUCUGAAAGGUAUUUCCACGUACAAUCAGGCAAAUAUGGAGGUUGGCGACCAUUUUGUUGUUUGCGACGCUGGUGGAGGCACUGUGGACAUCAUCACCUACACCGUUGUCGAGCUGAACCCGAUAAAAGUCAGGGAAAGCGUCAAGGGAGACGGAAAACUUUGCGGAGCCACCUUUUUGGACGAACGUUUUCUAGAAAUUCUUCGAGAGAAACUUGAUCAGAUAUCUCCUGAUACCUGGAAAACGCUUGAAGAGACUGGAGCACUGGGACGAAUUAUAAACAACGAUUGGGAGAACGGAAUCAAGCCUCAAUUUCGUAACACUGACCAACACUGGAUGAUUCAGAUCCCGGUAAAGGGACCCAAGCGGACCCAUGAUGAAUUCCGUUUCUCAGACAUUAAGCUGGAUGUCAAAGACAUCCAAAGGAUAUUCAAGCCAAUAGUGGCUGAAAUCAAAAACCUUGUGGAUAACCAAGUGAAGGCCAUCAAAGACAAGUACAAUAAAGAGCCAAAGUUUGUCGUACUCGUUGGUGGGUUUGGUAGGCAACCUUUCCUUUUUACAGAAAUGCAGGAUGCUUUGAAUCGCAGAAACGGGCUUGUGGGAACAGUCGAGGUUCUACAGAGCCAGGGUGCAGAACCCUGGACAGCUGUCUGCCGAGGAGCAGUAAUACGAGGGCUUGAGCUGUCUGACAGUACAAGGGGCUCAACGGUCAUGUCGAGGAUCAGCAGAAUGAGCUAUGGUGUGAAAUGUUAUACUACGCCAUGGAACGCGAAGGAGCACGAUAUAAGAGAUAAAGAGUGGUCUGAUAUACAUCAGGCAUAUCGGGCUGCAAACCAGACUUCUUGGUUUGUGCGCAUCGGGGAGACCAUUCCAGUGGGCCAAUCAAUCUCCAAAGGAUACCGUACAGACCUCGAAAUGCCAGUCACACACUAUUCCACAAAACUCAUCUACUCAACCUCUGCCACUCCACCGAAGAGAUGCGAUAAGACAGUCAAGAAGCUUUGCAGACUUCAGUGGUCGACCGUUCCUGAAUUCAACAGACUCCCUACUUGGGUGAAUUCCAAAGGUCGAACUAUUAGGCAAUUCUGCUUUGACACUAACAUGACAUCGAACGGUGUGACUUUGGAUUUUGAGAUUAUCUACAAAGGACAAAGCGUGGCCUCGAAGAAUAUCGACAUUGAUUAUGGCCACUGCGGUGCUCUCGCUAGUAGCCGCAACUGA